GCUCUGUGCUCACCCCCACCCUGUCUUUUCUGACAUGGGCAGUGUUGCCUCCAUGGGCAGCUUCGACUCCGAAUCAUAGGCUGCUACAAUUUUAAACUCUUCGAAUCCAGGAAUGUUGAGUGUUUCAUGGGAUGUGUGAGCCCGACCUCGCCAGGAGCAUACCAGGGCUGAGGGGCCCUCAGGAUUCUCCCUGGUCCCACUGGGUUGGGUGCUCAGGGCUCGGAUGGGGACUCUGGUCUCCCACAUCCUCCCGCUCUCCCUGCAGGUGGAAUGCAAGGCCGUGAUGGUUUUCUUCCACUACUGCGUUGUGUCCAACUACUUCUGGCUGUUCAUCGAGGGCCUGUACCUCUUCACCCUGCUGGUGGAGACCUUCUUCCCCGAGAGGAGAUACUUCUACUGGUAUACCAUUAUUGGCUGGGGGACCCCAACUGUGUGCGUGUCGGUGUGGGCUGUGCUGAGGCUCCACUUUGACGACAUAGGGGUGAUCAAAGGUCCUGUGGUUGGUUCCAUCAUGGUGAACUUUGUGCUCUUCAUUGGCAUCAUCGUCAUCCUCGUGCAGAAACUUCAGUCUCCGGACAUGGGAGGCAAUGAGUCCAGCAUCUACUUAACAAAUGUAAGACUGGGAGUCCCCAAGAAAGCCCGAGAGGACCCCCUGCCUGUGCCCUCAGACCAGCAUUCACCCCCUUUCCUCUGCGUGCAGAAAUGCUACUGCAAGCCACAGCGGGCUCAGCAGCACUCUUGCAAGAUGUCAGAACUGUCCACCAUUACUCUACGGCUGGCCCGGUCCACCCUGCUGCUCAUCCCGCUGUUUGGAAUCCACUACACGGUGUUUGCUUUCUCCCCGGAGAGUGUCAGACAGAGGGAGAGGCUCGUGUUUGAGCUGGGGCUGGGCUCCUUCCAGGGCUUUGUGGUGGCUGUUCUCUACUGUUUUCUGAAUGGGGAGGUGCAGGCAGAGGUCAAACGUAAGUGGCGGAGUUGGAAGGUGAACCGCUACUUCGCCGUGGACUUCAAGCACCGGCACCCAUCCCUGGCCAGCAGCGGGGUGAACGGAGGCACCCAGCUCUCCAUCCUGAGCAAGAGCAGCUCCCAGAUCCGCAUGUCUGGCCUCCCGGCUGACAACCUGGCCACCUGAGCCUCCGUCCCCCGCCCUCUCCUCCACACACAGGCUGGGGCUGCAGGCGGGUGCUGGCCCACGCAUGUUGCACCUCUUCUCUCCCUUCGGGCAGGCCCUGGGCUGGAAGCUGGGCUCCUCGAGGGGGCAGAAGGACGCAGGGCGCAGAUGGGUGUUCCCCCAAACCCCUUUUUGCACUGGCCCCACCCACCAUGGGACCCCUGGGCCCUGACCCCAUACAUGUAAAUACUCCUCAAAUUUUGAAAAGCUGUCCCGUCCUGACUCCUUUGCCCAGUGUCCCUGCUCACCUCAAGCAGGUCCCCAGUCCCACCCCACCUGUCUCCUCCGGCCCCGGUCAUCACUUGGCCUUGUGCGUGAGGCCCUGUGAGUGAGGCUGAUGACCUAGCUUUGGGGGGAUUGGGUGGGGCCUGCCUGGCAGCCCCCGCAAUGUCUGAUUCUCGGUGUGGAGUCCUUGAGUCUGCUCACUACCCUGGGGCCCUUCUCAGGCCUGGCCUAGUCCCUGAGGCCGGCCAGAGGUCCAGCUUGGAUGGUCAGUGUCCUUCUGUGCAGGCCAGACAUGAAGCUCCCUUGUGCUCACCCAGCAUCUUGGUGUCCAUGUGCCCGGCUCGUGGGUAUCCGGGCCACGGGACAGCUCCAGGACUCUUUCAAUCAGAGACUUCAGUUUGGGUGUGGGGCUAAAGGUCUGGGAAAGUUCUGGUGCUUUUCAUUUGGCCCAAGAAAAAAUGCUGGGAGCCAGAAAUGUGGAUGCGAUUGAAAAGGAGAUGGAAAGAAUUUAGGGAGCCAUGGAAGAAGACCUUCACCAUCUCCACUGUUUUACCCCCAACUCAAGGUGGGCAGGGGUUUGCCUGGUCGCCUCCCUCCUGCCCCUCCCACCUCAGGCAUCAGCUGUGGAAGGUGAUGACAGAUGGAUGCCUCAGAGAAACUGCUCCCCAACCAUGCCUACCCCCCAGAGCCCCUGAACACCACCUUCUCCACUUUCCCUUAAGCCCAAGCCACGCGAGGAUGAAUCAGACGCCUUGCUGUGACGUCAGUGAAUCCUGAAGCACCUUACACCUCCGUGUGCCCAAGUCCAGGGCACAGGGCUCCCCACCCCCACCCCACCCCCAUGGAUGGUGAGGGAGCGCCAGCCACCAGCUCUUUUGGACUUAGACUCAGAUACUGAAAUCUCGGAGACAUCUGCAAAGACGUGUCCCUCAGCUCUUGUCGUUGAAUCACUGCAGAAGGACGCUUGGCUGCCCUGGGUGUUGAGAGGGGAAGCCACGCCCACCACGGCUGUUAGCAGAGGCUGCUGAUGGAAGGGGUGGGCACCCUCACAUCUGUGCUGUCUCCCCAUAGCCUAAUCAUUUAAAAUGGAGUGGAACCAAGUUUGUGGAAAGUGCUAGAGUGUAGGGCCCAUGUGUGGGGCCUGCUUUAUUCCAUGUCAGCAUUUGGGGUUCUCGUUCAAGUGCGUUUGUGGGCUUGUUUCAUGAUCACGCUCAGGAAUGCUGGCAGCGUUUUGGUGGCGGAAGAAUGUUGCUUUGCCAGGUGUAGAAAGAGGAAGGGACUGGGGGGCUUGUGGAAAUGUUUGUUUCUGGAGAGGCCUUCGAAGUGACUGGAGAAGGGCGUAGCUGCUUGGUUUAGAGAUGAGUCCUAUGUCCUCGGCCAGUGAAGCACUGUGGACCCCGGGUCUUCGGCAAAGCCGGAGAGAGAAAGGGAGCCGCCCGCCAUUUCCUGGACACAUUUGGUGACUCAGGUUAGCCACUGAGCCUGGACAGAGCGCUCCCUAUCUGGGCCUCAGUUUCCCCAUUUGUGAGAUGGGGCCAUUUCUAAUGCUCCUCCGGGCUCCACAUUUCAGUAAUUCUCCAGUUCAAAAGUAAGGCAGGUCAAAGGGUGUGCAUCAUUGUUAUGCGUAUCAUCUGAGGUUUUGAAGUAGAUGUUUGUGUAUGUGGGGAGGGUGGGAGAUGCUCUUUCUACUUAGAAAUGGAACAUUUGUCUCUCCCAUUUGGACACCACAGUUGGCGCUGGUGGGCUGGAGAGAAGGGCUAUUCCCGGGACAAUUGGACAGGUGCCUUGGGUGCAGACCCAGCCCUAUCCCAGGGCAGGGUUCCACGACUGGGUGGGCAGUGGUCACCUCCAGACCUUGGGAGUGGUCCCCCGAGUAUGGCCCCUGUUUCUUCACCCUCACCCCCACCAGCAAGUCGGCUUCACUGUGGAAGAAGAGGCUUUGACUUUGUAUAUAGAUCACCACAAAACAGCAAAAACAAAACAACCCCAGAUUCCUUGUGCUGCUGCCUGAGCCCUGGGCCUGCAUCCUCAUAGAGGUUCCAGGUUCUCGCUUGUGUGUUUUUAUCUCUGAGUGAACUAUUGCCAGUCUUGUGAGCAGAUGUGUUUGAUGCAUUUUGAAUGUUCCAGGAGGUUAGGCACCUGGCCUUCAGGGUCACAGGCAUUGGGGGGACAGCAUGAGGUCUGGGUAAAACCCUUCCCUCCCUGACCCUUUGUUUUCGUAUCUGUAAAAUGGGCAGUAAGACUAGAUGAUCUGGUUAGCUCAUUGCAUUUCUGAAAUUGUCUGUCUAAACACCAGCCAUCUACUCGGACUGGACCCUGGGCAAGGACUGCAGUAUUUGCCUGGUCCAGGAAAAGAUAAGAAAUCGUGUUGAGUGAGGAGGGGUUGAGGGCCUUGGGAAUAGUUAGGCUGGAGAGGAGCAGAGGUCCUGACUCCAUGUCUCUAGAAGGUCAUUACCAGGAAGGGGGUUAUUUUUGUGCAAUCCUAAAGGACGAAACUCACCCAGUGGAGGCUGAGUUCUCCUUGGGAUGAAGAAAUCUCUCAUCUUCUGUCAUGACUGUCCUGCCAUGGCAGUGCCAAGAGACAGUCUCCAGUCCUGGGGAAAAUGGGACUCCAAGUCAGGGCUGCUGAGGCUGUCAAGGAGCCUGUGUGGGGUCAGAAUGUGGGGUUUGGUGGCUCUAGUGCCCAGCAUUGCAGGGGACUCCCCCCAUGUCUGAGGCCAGGCCACAUGCUCUGUCUCAGUGGGCAGCUCUGUGACCCUCUUUGACAUAUCCAGUGGCCUUCAGUGACUGCUUCUCUACCCUCUCCCCCUCACCUCCUCCCCCACACCCCCCAAGCCCCAAACUGGCUUCUCUGGAGAAUAGGGCGAGGGCACUGGAGCCAAGGCAAGACUUGACAUACCUGAGUCCGUUAUCACCCACCAAGGGUGCUGCCUCAUCUCCUUCAUCUGACCUUUUCCCUUCCCAGAAAGAAAGCUGGAAGAUGUUUUCCUUGUAAUUCUGUGAGUACCCUUGACCUCCUCAAAGCCACUCCAAAGUGAAAGCAGUAAGUGCUUUGUCACCCUAAACCCAUACUUGAGCCCAGUGACCCUGGAAGCUGCUGGGAGAGCCCUGAGCGGAGAGUGGAGGACCCGGGCUUCUCCCAGCUUUGCCGCUCACCUGCUGUUUGUUUGGCCUUGAUUCCUUCCCCAUGUAUCUUUGGGGAGUCUCACAAAGUACUAGAACUGGCAGGAAACUUAGAGAUCUGCAGGUCAGUCCCCCAUCGGGCUGAUGAGAAAACACAGAUGGGCCUAGCCGAGUGCCUGCCACGACGCUGGGAUCCAAUAUGCUUUGCAAACCUGGAUGAGGAAGUGGGACCGACAAUAUGUGUCCAGCCCUGCACACAAGCCCAAACGAGACCCUCAGUAAAGCUUCUAUGUAGAACAUCCAGCCUUGCCCAAGAAGGGGCCUCUGGCUACGGCAGUUGUUAGGACUCCCGAACGCAGGGGGCAUGAUGGAGUCGGUGUGUUGCGGGGAGACUUGCGUGCUAGCUGGGCUUCACCACCUGCUCUGUGCCCCAAGGCUGUACCUCUCUGGGCCUCUGCUUUGUAAUCUGAGAAAUGGGAGGAUGUGAUUUGUGGUCUGCCCCACAGGACAAGGAUGGGGCUGAAGUGAGAUGCCCUGUGUGUGAAAGGGCUGUGGUAACUACACAGGUGUGGCUGGUUAUUGGGGUGAAGACCCCAAAAAGGAACCCUGUGCUGUUUGUCAACAGUUUUGAGCCCUCCUGGGUUAACCUUUGUCCCAUCUGUAAAAACCACCAGCCCCGGGGUCAGGGGGGCGGCCAGGGGCUCUAAUGGACACAGGAUUCCAGGUUUACCUCCAUCUGCUUAUUCAGUUUGUCCUUGUGGUUAGGAUGGGGAGACUUCCAUGUGGGUGAUGUCAGCAUUUCGAAGCCACCCCCAUGGAAAUCCUUCAAAGAUCUGAGACGUCCCUCAAAGGGGCCGAGUGUCCAUUCCUUCUUUCCUUGAACUCGCGGUCCUGGGAUGUGUCUGUGCUUGGCCACGUGUAUCAUGUCCUGUGUCCGUCCUCUGUAGCUUUGCCCCUAUGAGGGCUGGUGGGGGGCAACUCCUGGCACCCCAGACAUCACUGUGGGAGCCGGGCCAGCCUGGGUUUUAUGUCCCACAAUAAAGACGAGCCCCACAGACCUCACUGCGGCCGCUGUCACCAUUAAUGCCGUGCUCACAACCUUGUGUGGGAUUUUAAGGAUGUCAGACUGCUGUAGAUGACUCAAUAAAUGUCUUAUCAUUUUUUC